AUGCCUUGUUGUAGGUGGACCGGCAAGCCUCCUGUUCAUGGCGUGUGCCCUGGAGUUGACGCGAACGGGAAGAUCACGUCCCUUCCUCUCCCGGACUGCGAGAAGGGAUCACGACAGAGCUUGCUCGACUACUUCGACAACACGUGGACCUUGACGGAGGUUCUUUUCUCUGGCCUCAUGGGAAGGGAUGUGUUCCUUCGAAGCCCCUGGCACCAACUUCGUCAUCCUCUCAUCUUCUAUUAUGGCCACGUUGCCUGCCUGUACAUCAACAAGUUCCGAGUGGCUGGACUCCUCAAGGAGGGCGUCAACGAGUACAUGGAGCAGAUUAUGGAGACGGGCGUUGAUGAGAUGUCUUGGGACGAUCUUUCGAAGAACGAGAUGGAGUGGCCGGACCUGCGCGAGGUGACGGAGUACCGUCGAACGGUGUACAACAUUGUCAAGGACGUCAUUCUCAACGGAGACUGGUCGUUCCCUAUCAAGAUCGACGACCCUGCAUGGGCGAUUGUCAUGGGCUUCGAGCACGAGCGCAUUCAUCUCGAGACCUCCUCCGUGCUGAUCCGCGAGCUGCCAGCGUACCUCGUCACCCGCCCAGCUCAGUUCCCUGACUAUCACCCCUCUGCCACCGAUGGAAGCUCCUCCAAGCUCGUGACCAACGAGAUGGUCCAUUUCUCAGGGGGAGAGGUCGAGCUGGGAAAGCCGCGUGACUUCCCGUCCUUCGGCUGGGACAACGAGUACGGCACGAGAAAGCUUCAAGUCAACCCGUUCUCUGUCUCCAAGUUCCUCAUCACCAACGGAGAGUUCCUCGAGUUUGUGCGGGCAGGGGGCUACGCCAACCGCAACUACUGGACGGAGGCGGGCUGGCAAUGGCGCGUGUUCCGCAACGUUCACUUCCCGACGUUCUGGGUUCCCAACGGACCGGUUGGCCUUCACCAGUACAAGCUGCGCGUCAUCUUCGACAUCGUGGACCUUCCUCUCUCCUGGCCUGUCGACGUGAACGCACACGAGGCUCGAGCAUACUGCGCGUGGAAGACAGCACAAGACAAGCCGGAGUCACCCUACCGACUGAUCACGGAGGGAGAGCACAACAUCAUUCGAGAUGCAGCGAUCAAGGAUACUUCACGAGGAACAGCGAGAGACUUUGUGAUGAUGUACGCGGGCAACGAGAUAGCAGCCAAGGGCGACAACAAGUACAACUCGAACCUUGCGUGGGGAUCUCAGAGUCCUGUGGAUGCUCUUGCUCCCUCAUCGUCGGGGAUUUAUGAUGUAUUCGGCAACGUGUGGCACUGGUGCGAGGACGACUUCAAUCCCCUCGACGACUUCAAGAUCUCUCCUCUCUACGUGGACUUCUCCACCCCCUGCUACGACGGCCUGCACACUAUCAUCCUCGGUGGCUCCUUCAUCUCCACUGGUGACGAGGCCUCGAUCUGGUCUCGCUUCCACUUCCGCCCUCACUUCAACCAGCAUGCCGGCUUUCGCCUGGCGUGCGGCCCCAACGAGGGCAAGAUGCUUCCUAAGUUGGGGACCAACGGGGCAUCGGUGAGCUCGUCCAGCCUGACGGCAGAGAUCGAGAAGCAGGUCAACGAGCACAUGCUGUUCCACUACGGGGCGAAGCAGGACGUGCUGCCCUGGGAGCAGGGCCCCUCAAGCGCCCUCUCCUUUCCUCUCCGCAUCGCUAGGCUCGUGCAGGACUGGGCGGCGAAGCUCAGCGUGGCCAACAAGCGCGUGCUGGACUUGGGGUGCUCGGUGGGAGGGGCUUCGUUUGAGCUGGCCAAGAAGUUCUCCGACGUGGUCGGGGUGGAUGUGGAGCACUUUGUGCAGGCGGCGGAGGAGAUGAAGAGGGACGGGCAGAGGAAGUUCUCGCGCAAGGAGGAGGGAAAACUCGCCACUGAGCUCAUCGCCUCCACGGACUCCUUCGUCGACAGGACACGCGUGACGUUCAGGACAGCAGACUUGGAGAACCUUUGCUCUGCUGACCUCGGACGCUUCAAUGUUGUUCUCCUUGAGCAUAUCCUGGAGCGGGUGAGCUCGCCGUCAGCCUGCCUGUCCAACAUGGUGGGAGACGAGGGGCUUGUGGAGCGAGGAGGCCUGUUGGUCGUAGCCACCAGCUCCGACUGGAGCGAGGACGUUGCUCUGCCGCAGGAAUGGCUGGGAGGAACAGUGGAUGCGGAAGGGAACGAGAUCUCCCUCACGACAGCACUGGAAGCUUGCUUCAAGCAGGGCGAGAUGGAGCUGCAGCACAGGGAGGACAUGCCGAUGCUCAUCCGCGAGAGCGCUCGCUCCUACAAGUGGCGAGUGAUCAACGUGUCCGUGUGGCGCCGCAAGUGA